AAGACUUCCAACAGCAGCAUGAAGUUGGGAAGCCUCCUUCUUCUCGUGACCCUCAUCACCCUCAGCCUAGGAGUGCAGGAGCUACAGGCCGCAGUGAGACCAUUGCGACUGUUGGGCACCUGCGCUGAGCUCUGCAGAGGUGACUGGGACUGUGGGCCAGGGGAGCAGUGUGUCAGCAGUGGGUGUAGCCAUACCUGUGCAGCAAGUUAAGGACAGCUUCUACUGGCAAAUAUAUGACUACAGUCUUCAGAAGUUCUUGCCCAGAAAGACAGAUGGAAGAGGGAGAC